AUGGAGUCAAGAAACAAUGUGACUUUCUUUGUCCUCUUGGGCCUCACACAGAAUCCAGAAGAACAGAAAGUUCUUUUUGUGAUAUUCCUGCUCUUCUACAUUUUGACCAUGGUGGGCAACUUGCUCAUUUUUGUGACUGUUACAGUGAGUAGGACCCUGGGUUCACCAAUGUACUUCUUUCUUGCUAGCUUAUCAUUUUUGGACAUCAUUUAUUCCUCAUCUAUUUCCCCCAAAUUGAUUUCAGACUUGUUCUUUGGGGAAAAUACGAUAUCUUUUCAAUCUUGUAUGGCUCAGCUCUUUACAGAGCACUUUUUUGGUGGGUCAGGGAUCUUUAUUCUGGUGGUGAUGGCCUAUGACCGCUACGUGGCCAUCUGUAAGCCAUUACAUUAUUUGGUUAUCAUGAGGCAACAGGUGUGUGUUGUGUUGCUUGUUGUGUCCUUGGUUGGAGGAUUUUUGCACUCAGUAGUUCAGCUUAGCACUAUUUAUGGUCUUCCUUUCUGCGGCCCUAAUAUCAUUGAUCACUUUUUCUGUGACAUGUAUCCCUUAUUGGAACUUGUCUGUACUGAUACCUAUGUCAUUGGUUUCCUAGUAGUGGCCAAUGGAGGACUGAUUUGUACUAUCGUAUUUCUGAUUUUACUCAUCUCUUAUGGUGUUAUCUUGCAUUCUCUAAAGAACCUUAGUCAGGAAGGGAGGAGAAAAGCCCUCUCGACCUGUGGUUCCCAUAUCACCGUGGUUGUCUUUUUCUUUGUUCCCUGCAGUUUCAUGUAUGCACGACCUGCUAAGACCUUCCCAGUUGACAAGUUAUUGAGCGUGUUUUAUACAGUUAUAACCCCAAUGCUUAACCCCCUAAUCUACACACUGAGAAAUUUAGAGAUGAAAAAUGCUAUGAAGAAGCUCGUGUACAAGUGUGUAUUCCUGGGAGAUAAAUUAUCAGUACGUGUAUUUGAAUCAGUGGUCAAUGUUAAAAAUAUUUAA